CCCCAGACCCCAACACCCGCCUCUGCCUCUUCCUCAACCCCAGUCGCAUCUCACUCUCAUUAAUCACCAUGGCCGACGAUGCGCAGCAUGAGCACACGUUCGAGAGCGCUGAUGCCGGUGCCUCUCUCACCUACCCGAUGCAGUGCUCGGCCUUGAGGAAGAAUGGCUUCGUCGUCAUCAAGAACCGCCCGUGCAAGAUCGUCGAAAUGUCCACCUCCAAGACUGGCAAGCACGGCCACGCCAAGGUCCACUUGGUCGCCAUCGACAUCUUCACUAGCAAGAAGUUGGAAGAGUUGUGCCCUUCCACUCAUAACAUGGAUGUCCCCAACGUCCGCCGCCAGGAGUACCAGCUCCUUGACGUUACCGACGACGGCUUCCUCUCCCUCAUGUCUGAUGAUGGAUCUACCAAGGACGAUGUCAAGCUCCCCGAGGGUGAGGUUGGCGAGAAGAUCUCCAAGCUCUUCACCGAGGACGGCAAGGACACCAAUGUCAUCGUCCUCACUGCUAUGGGUGAGGAAACCGCUAUCGACGCCAAGGAAGCUCCCAAGUCUUAGAUAACUGCGUUGGACAACAGGCCGUUGGCAGCAAGGAGUUGUGGAGUGUUGACGGGCCUCUCGGAAAAGCCAGGGGGGCUCUACGCUUUUCCUAUUAGAGCCUUGUUCUGCGUGGUAUCUUUGGCAGUCUCCAAGUGCUAUCCUUGCGCCUCUGCUGAUGGCGACCAAUUUUAGUGGUUCUUCGGAAGGGUUUGGGUUUCUUGCAUUGCCGCUUUCAUAUAAUGGGGGAAACGUAGUCACGAAUCUGUCCCUUACCCUAGAAUAUCCCCAUUGGCAAUGAUGACAAAAUGUGCUAUGUGAGAA